AUGGCUCAAAGCAGAAUUUCUUUUGAGGAUUACCUCGACCUCACAGCAUUGGUCUUCGAUUGGGGUGAUAGCUACGAUGCAAAGGAUUGGAAACGACUCGAAUCCAUCAUCGCCCCCAAUCUUCUCGUCGACUACACCACCAUCGGCAAAUCCCGCUGGGACUCUAUGCCGGCCUCAGAAUUCAUGGCCAUGGUAACCGAUGAUGAUUUUCUCGGCGACCCCUGCGUCAAAACCCAACAUCUUCUCGGCGCCACCCGCUGGGAAAAAAUCUCCGAUGAUUAUGUAAUUGGUCAUCAUCAAUUGAGAGCUGGUCAUCAAGUCUACAAAGAUAAGGAUUUGAAGGAGAUUAAAUUGAAGGGACACAGUCAUGCGACUAAUGAACAUUAUUACAAGAAGAUUAAUGGGGUGUGGAAGUUCGCGGGUUUGAAACCACUUGUGAGGUGGAAUGAGGGGGAUGGGGAGAAUGAUUUCUUGAGGGUUUUUAAGGGGAGUUAUAAGCAUUGCGUCAUCAUCAGUUUUAUAGAGAGACGCGGCGAGAAAUUAGUUACUGUAAGAAGUAGGAGGAAAAUAAGGGGAAGUGAGGGAAUUGCGAGGAGGUGUAUGGAUACAUAA